AUGAGCUUCUCUGGCACCAAGGCUCGGAUCCUGAUGUUGGGUCUGGACGCUGCUGGAAAGACCACCAUCCUCUACAGGCUGAAGUUAGGUGAGACAGUCACUACAAUCCCUACCAUUGGAUUCAACGUCGAAACUGUGGAGCCCAUACCUAAUGUGACCUUUACUGUCUGGGAUGCAGCUGGUCAGGGCAGGAUUCGAGCCCUAUGGAAACACUACUUUGCCAAUACAGAUGGGACAGAACUCAAUACUAUCCUGGAGGAUGAUCAAAUGAAAGGUGUUCCCUUCUUGGUGAUGGCCAACAAGCAAGAUUUCCCAGGUGCCAGGAAACCUAUGGAGCUGGCAGAAGAUCUGGGACUGGCCAAGAUAAAAGGACAUCGGUGGCACAUCCAGGGGUGCUGUGCACUCAAUGGGGAAGGACUGGUGGAGGGGAUGGAGGUUCUCACCAACUUAGUGAAGCAUUUUCAGAAGAACGGGACUUCCCAAGAGGACUAA